AUGGCUGCUACAGAUUGUGAAGAUGAGGCAAUGGCGUCGAGGUUACUAGACAUUGGCAAGAAGGUUGGUUUGGUUGUACAUGGGAACGAUGGGCAGGUUCGAGAGAAAUUGAUUGGGAUGGAGAUAUUGACUACUGGAAACCUAUGUAUUGUAGUGAAUGUCUAUGCAUCGUGUAGACUAAGUGAGAAAAGAAAGUUAUGGGAUGAUUUACUCAUGACAAGAAAGGGUUUUGGCAAAUUUAUGUGGUGUAUAUUGGGUGACUUCAAUGCUGUGAGACAGGUGAAAGAGAGGAAGGUUUGUCAGACAAACCAUGCGGAUGCUUCUAUGAUGAGCAGACUCGAUCGAGUCCUUGUUUCUAGUUCCUUGCUUGAUUACUGGGGAGAUGGUUUCAUUCAGGUUUUGAGCAGAGAUGUAUCUGAUCAUUGUCCUAUUAUUCUUAAGCACAAAGUGGUUAACUGGGGAGUUGUGGAAGUGGUGGAGGAAGCAUGGAAAAGAGAUAUUACCCUUCCAUGGGCUGCCCAGAGAGCUAGCCAGAGGUUAAGGAGUGUUAAGAUUUCAUUGAAAAAAUGGACUAUUGAGGUAUUUGAAAAUGUUGAUAAGGUGAUCUCUGAUUUGACAAUUGAGUUGAGUUUGAUUGAUAAUAAAAAUUCUGUGAUGAAACUUUCCAAUGUGGAGAAGGAGCGUCAACAAAUAUUAGUGGAGGAUAUUUGGAAGGCUAGGAAGAAUAGGGAGAGUCUCAUAGCCCAAAAAGCUCAGAAUGAGGGACUUGUUAAUGCUUUUUUGGAGGAGGAAGUGAGAAGGAUGAUUUUGGAGUGUGAGGGAGAUAAAAGUCCAAGGCCUGAUGCGAAAGGGUUAGGAGUUCUUAUGCAGAAGGCUGUGGCUUGUGGGUUGUUCUCUGGUGUGAAGAUUGGGAUAGAGGGACCUGAUAUUUUUUUGCUGCAGUUUGCGAAUGAAACAUUGAUUAUGGGAGAGGUUUCGGUUCAGAACUUGUGGACUUUGAAAGCAGUGAAAUGGGAAAUGGUAUAUAGACCGCAGAAGAAUGGUGGCUUAGGCAUUAGAAAUAUGCAGUGGUUUAACUGA